AUGUAUUAUCGUGCCCUCUCUGUGAUCAGAGUCAGGACUUUUGCAGUACGUUUCAUCUUGUGCACUAACAUGAUUCGCGGUGGUCCCUUCAGAAAUGCAGAGAAGAUCAUUGGCUGCCUGAACUCUAACGUGCUGAGUCAUGAUCUCAUUCUGCCACACGUGAACUUCUCCCAGCUGUCCACCGUAGACUACACUGAGAUUUACGGUGUCAUCAAGACGGUGAAGGAAGGCAGCUUCCUGUCAGUGCAGGGUACAGGCUUGGCCUUCAUUGCCUUCACAGAGGCCAAGACUCAUUUCCCGGCCUCUCCCUUUUGGUCCGUCAUGUUCUUCUUCAUGCUCAUCAACCUGGGCCUGGGCAGUAUGAUCGGCACCAUGACAGGCAUCACCACGCCCGUCCUCGACACCUACAAGAUCCAGAAGGAGCUCUUCACAGUGUGCUGCUGUAUCAUAGCCUUUAUCUGUGGCCUGCUCUUCGUCCAGCGCUCUGGGAACUACUUUGUCAUCAUGUUUGAUGACUAUUCUGCUGGUCUGCCACUCACUGUCGUGGUCAUCCUAGAGAAUGUGUCAGUGGCCUGGAUCUACGGCACCAAGAGGUUUAUGCAGGACCUGGAGGAUAUGUUGGGUUUCCGGCCCCAUGCCUUCUAUUUCUACAUGUGGAAGUACGUCUCCCCUUGUUGUCUCAUUGUUCUCAUUAUGGCUACUGUCAUUGAGAUGGCCAUCAGCCCGCCAGUGUACAAUGCAUGGGUGGAGGAACUGGCUCAGGAGCGUUUCCAGAGCUACCCUCCCUGGGCAUUGGCCAUGUGCUUCUCCCUCAUUGUGAUGGCCAUGCUUCCUCUCCCCAUCGUCUUCAUCGCCCGCCACUUCAACCUGAUGUCUGAUGGCUCCAACAAGUUGUCCGUCUCCUACCGCAAGAGCAUGAUGAUGGACAUCUCCAACCUGGAGGAGGUGGACGAGUCGCACUUCAUCCUGGCCAAGAACCCAAGAGAGACACCUUUGCCCAAGCCCCCGUCCCAAGCCAACCUAGUCCCCCCAGGCACCAAACCCCUGGAGAACUCCAACUCCUCGUCCGCCAACAGCUGCUACCGGACGGUGGCCCCAUAACCCCCACCACCCCCGUCACCUCCACUGUCCCUGAGUCCGACUCAUGAUCACUGUCUAUCCUCUUCAUGUUCCUGCCCCUAGCCUGCCCCUAAACCCCUAAUGAUCACCCUCCUACAGGCCAACUCACAUUUAACCCUACAGAGUCUCACCACCAGAGGGACCUGCAGCACUGCCCAAAACACCUCCACCCUCACGCUAUGAGUGACCCAAGUCACAGGACACCCCUCUCCCGCUCUCCAACAGACCCAGAUGUUAGAGUUUACCGCAGCAGGGGCUGCUUUGACAAGGAACCACAUGGUCAGGUGUCUGAGAUAUUACAGUGGUGUGUAUCUAUCCCUAAUGGAGUGUAUUCAGUGCUGGACACGCAGUAUGUUCUGGUCUUGAGGCCAGGCAGCAGUAUUCUUAUUAUGCUCUGCUCUGCUCUGCUUAUUGCAGACAGUUUAGGGGAAUGUAGAGAAAAUCAUAUUUACGUUGGCAUUAAGUGAAACUGAAUGUGAGUAUCUAUACAGUGCAUACGGAAAGAAUUCAGACUUUUUCCACAUUUUAAGUUACAGCCUUUGAAUAAGGCUGUAACUUAUUAUUGUCCUCAUCACUCUAUGCACAAUACCCCAUAAUGACAAAGCGAAAACUGUUUUUUAUAAAUGUCUGCAAAUGUAUUAGAAAUAUUUAAAAAACAGACCCUUUGCUAUUAGACUCAAAAUUGAGCUCCGGUGCAUCCUGUUUUCAUUGGUCAUCCUUGAGAUGUUUCUACAACUGGAUUGGAGUCCACCUGUGGUAAAUUCAAUUGAUUGGACAUGAUUUGGAAAGGCACACACCUGUCUAUAUAAGGUCACACAGUUGACAGUACAUGUCAGAGAAUAUACCAAGCCAUGAAGUCAAAGGAAUUGUCCGUAGAGCUCCGAGACAGGAUUGUGUCGAGGCACAGAUCUGGGGAAGGGUACCAAAACAUUUAUGCAGCAUUGAAGGCCGCAAGAACACAGUGGCCUCAAUCAUUCUUAAAUUUAAGAAGUUUGGAACCACCAAUACUCUUCCUAGAGCUGGCCGCCCGGCCAAACUGAGCAAUCUAAGGGAAGGGCCUUGGGCAGGGAGGUGACCAAGUACCCAAUGGUAAAUAUAUAAUAAUAUAAUAUAAUAAUAUAAUAAUAAUAUAUGCCAUUUAGCAGACGCUUUUAUCCAAAGCGACGUACAGUCAUGUGUGCAUACAUUCUACGUAUGGGUGGUCCCGGGGAUCGACCCCACUACCCUGGCGUUACAAGCGCCAUGCUCUACCAUCUGAGCUACAGAAGGAAGUACGUCUCCCCUGACAGAAGUACGUCACUCUGACAGAGCUCCAGAGUUCCUCUGUGGAGAUGGGAGAACUUUCCAGAAGGACAACCAUCUCUGCAGCACUCCAUCAAUCCGGCCUUUAUGGUAGAGUGGUCAGACAGAAGCCUAAAUUCCAAGCGUCAUGUCUGAUGGAAGCCUGGCGCCAUCUCUACGGUGAAGCAAGAUGGUGGCAGCAUCAUGCUGUGGAAUGUUUUUCAGUGGCAGGGACUGGGAGACUAGUCAUGAUCGAGAGAAAGAUGAAAGGAGCAAAGUACAGAGAGAUCCUUGAUGAAACCUCAGGCUGGGGCAAAGGUUCCCCUUCCAACAGGACAAUGACCCUAAGCUCACAGCCAAGACAAUGCAAGAGUGGUUUCGGGAUGUCCUUGAGUGGCCCAGCCAGAGCCCAGACUUGAACCCGAGCGAACAUCUCUGUAGAGACCUGAAAAUAGCUGUGCAGCGACGCUCCCCAUCCAACCUGACAGAGUUUGAGAGAAUCUGCAGAGAAGAAUAGGAGAAACUCCACAAAUACAGGUGUGCCAAGCUUGUAGCGUCAUACCCAAGAAAACUCAAGGCUGUAAUCGCUGCCAAAGGUGCUUCAACAAAGUACUGAGUAAAGAGUCUGAAUACUUAUGUAAAUGUGGUAUUUCUGUUUUAUUUUUAAUACAUUUGCCAAAAUAUCUAAAAACCUGUUUUUGCUUUGUCAUUAUGGGGUAUUGUGUGUAGAUUGAUGAAGAAAAAAAAUAUGCAAUACAUUUUAGAAUGAAGGUGUAACGUAACAAAAUGUGGAAAAAGUGAAGGGCUCUGAAUAUUUUCCGAAUGCACUGUAUAUAUUUGUGGCAGGUUUGAAUCCUUUUAAGCUUUGCAGUCCUCCAUAUCAGUCCUCUAUAUCAUAUGAUAGAGUGUAGUUAUGCUUUCCCUAGAUUUUAUGUACAACGUUUCUUUGUAAUUUAGUGUGCCACUGAAGCACUUGAGCAGACGACUACUCUUGACACACAUUCUUUCGUUUCAAUGCUCUACCUGCUUCAGCUAAGUGUUUAGCGACAGGAAGAAUAUUGAUUGGCAUUGGUUACAAUACCAACAGUCCAGAGGGAUCUGUAUAUUUUGAAAGACUAUGUGCAAGGCUGCUGUAAAGACACUGUCUUCAUUGUCUAUUUGCUAGCAUUCAUGCUAGGCUCUUCACAUAAGCAACACUGUCUCAUCUAGUGUCAGUGUCCUACUGUAUCUUGUCUACUUCAAGCCAAUACUCUCCAUGUUCAUCAUGUAGGAGUUAUAUAGUGUGAUACUCCAGGCCAAGCAUACAGUAGCUAGUGUCUUAGAAACUUCAGUACCUCCACCAAAGAGUCUGCCUGUUGCCUACGUCCUGUACAUACACCAUGGAGAAGAAUGAACAGAUCACAAUCACUUUCAGAGCAGAAAUCCAGGAAGAAACGCAUUGUAUAAUGUGCUGCUAUUGAUGUAGACGGUGAAAGAGGACUUGUCCAGUCACUACAAAUAGCACAGAUGAAGAGUACAAAAGGAGUCCCUCCCAGGCACAAAACUUUUUUUGAUGAUCUCAUAUUAUGAGAAAUCUUUGCAAUAAAUUACUACCAAGCAUAUAAAAAUGUAUUGACAUAACCUUCUUACAAAUAAUUCAUCGGCACAAGAAAGACUGUAGUAUUUAUAGGCACAAAUUGGAAUGUAUUACAGCAGACGUGAUGAUUUAAGGAGCUUUGACCAAAUCUGAUCGAAGUCUGAUUGUAAAAGCAAUCUCCAUUUUACUGAGGAAUAUAAACCUUCCCAUGGUUGAUCCUCAAAUCUCUAUUUACUGAUACUCAUGAGCAGAAUGGCAGUGCUUCAUGCUUAGUAUGUAAGUUUGUCUUAAUUUAAACCAAGAGCACAGUUCUCCGUUGGACAAUUUCAACCCUCUUACAGAAGUGCAGUAUUAAAACCAGAUAGAGAACUCACACAAGCACACAGUGCUAGUUUAAUAUCUGCCAAGACCUUUUCCCACAAGUAUUUACACAGUUUCAUCACACAGAUUGCAAAGCUUUUACCAUCUGUUGUUGCCAUAACAAACAAAAAAAGUACAUUUGACAAUCUGAAAUGGCAGGGAAGGAAGGAAAUGCCCCCCCCCCCUCCCCCCAAAAAAACCUGUGACCCACUUUCAUAAAGUAAAAUGCCCACUUGGCCUGUCACUCUUAUCGUCGUUUGAAUUACAAAUAGCUGUGAAGUCAAAAUGGUUCCAUUAGCUAGCUUUCUUUUAUGAAGAGGAUUGCUUUAUUUGUAUUUUUAUCACAAUGUUCAAAGCCAUGGUGUUGAUGAUUAAAUGGACUACAUUUAUAUUACUGCAUAAUAUUCUAUCUGUGUAUGUUGGUGCGCAUAAUGUUUAAUACUAAUUAAGAUUUUAUCUGUAAACGUGACCGAGUGUACUUUUUCAUCCUGUGUAUAUUUCAUUGUAUAUUUGAAGUUUCUCUAUUUUGUAGUUGGUGUACCUUAUCUAUGACUAUGGGAGUGUAAAAGGAGUGCGACGAGGGGGUGGGUACAGUAUGUUAACCUUGUGUGAUCCUAAUGUAGCCUCGUUUUGAGAACAUGUAUUGUCGAACUCAGACGAGCUACAUGUGCAGCACUCUGGUUCUCAUGUGUUCCUCUCUCAGCUGCUUGUAGAGAGGCGUGGCCCUCCAGACAAGAACACAUGGAUAAGCAUAUCUAUGCAGUAGGUUAAUAUACAACCAGUCUUUGCUUGAAGUUCUAGUCAAGCUUUAUUUGAGUCAAAAUCCCUCACUUUAAACGUCUGUAAAUAUUCUUACGUCUGUAAGAUUCUACACCCGAUAAUAAUCCAAUUAUUCUAAAGAUAGAGCAAAACUUGUGAAGUAUAUAAAUGUCUUAACACUGAAGAACUGUUUUGAUGAGAGUUAAUGUGGAGGAAAUGACAAUUGGAUGUGGUGAAUAUGAAUGGACUUUUUCACUUGAAUCUCAAGAGUAUUGUUAUGUUUUUGUUUUCUGCAUGUUGGUAUGCUCAGUGUUUGCCCUAGAGUGGGUACAGUCUUUGUUAAAGCAUUGUAUUAUAUUAUCUGCUGCAGUAACAGCAACGGGAUUGGAGGCUAAAACCUCUGUAGGGAAAAUUACUUGUGUUAGGAACUGCCCCUUUGUAGCUAAAGUGUUACAGUGACUCUCAACAUAAUAUGAGUGUGUGAGAGUGGGUAUGUGUAUUUGUGUCUAUGAAUAUGUGUUAGUGAGUUUGUAGUUUCCUUCUUAUAAUAAGUGGGUGCAGGGACUUACCAAGCACAAGUUGAACAUUGAAUCGCAGGCCCAACCAAAACCAACUCUCUCUUCCAUCAUGACGAUUGUACGUUAUUGAAACUACACGUGAAAAGAGUAACAAUGUUUUUUGGGACAUCACCAAAAAUAUCAAUAAACCAUAAAGGACCUGUCAAGUGAUUUGUAUUGAACUUUUAGUACACGCUCAAAUCAAAUCAAAUCAAAUCCAAUUUUAUUUGUCACAUACACAUGGUUAGCAGAUGUUAAUGCGAGUGUAGCGAAAUGCUUGUGCUUCUAGUUCCGACAAUGCAGUGAUAACCAACAAGUAAUCUAACUAACAAUUCCAAAACUACUGUCUUAUACACAG